CUCUGUGUGUGCGUGCAAGGAUCCGUCUCACAGCUGAAUGUGUGUGGGCAAGCCCCCCUCAACACCCGCAUAGUGGGGGGAGAGGACGCCCCUGUGGGGGCGUGGCCAUGGCAGGCCAGCCUUCACAACAUAGGCCGCCACUUCUGCGGCGGGUCCCUCAUCAACAAGGACUGGGUGAUGACUGCAGCGCACUGCUUCCCAAGCACCAGCACCUCCAGGCUGGUCGUCUACCUGGGGAGGCAGAAUCAGGAGGGCAACAACUCCAACGAGAUUUCCAGGACCGUCUCUCAGAUCAUCAGACAUCCCAAGUACAACAGAAGGACCAGUGAUAACGACAUCGCCCUCCUCCGCCUCUCAUCCUCCGUCAACUUCACUAACUUCAUCCGCCCCAUCUGCUUGGCAGCAGCCGACAGCACCUUCAACCGGGGCACCAACAGCUGGGUGACAGGCUGGGGCACCAUCAAUGAGACAGGAGUGUCCCUCCCCUCACCACAGACCCUUCAGGAAGUGGAUGUGCCGGUGACGGGGAACAGGAACUGUUUCUGCCAGUACAACCCGAGAGGCAGGACCAUCACUGACAACAUGAUCUGUGCUGGGAGGGACGAGGGGGGCAAGGACUCCUGCCAGGACGAUUCUGGCGGUCCGAUGGUGAGUAAGCAGGGUUCUGUGUGGGUCCAGGCGGGUGUUGUGAGCUUCGGCAUCGGCUGCGCCCGGGCCCAGGUCCCAGGAGUGUAUGCACGCGUCUCUCAGUACCAGAGCUGGAUCAACACCCAGAUCACCAGCGACCAGCCGGGCUUUGUGACCUUCACCUCCACCGGGACUGAUGCAGACCUGAGUGCCACCUGCACCGGCCUGCCUGCUGUCAUCACCCCCGCCACCACCCCUGCCAACACCACACCGGCAGGAACACACAAGCCCAUUCUCCCGUCUUUUAGCAGCGCGCUAAUUACACUAGAGGGCGGUGAAUGGGGAGAUGUCUGA